AUUUAGCUCGGAGUGGUCGGGAAUUGUGUAUCAUAGACAGCUUUCUCUAUCAUGGCAUAUUUGCGCUUGAUAUCAAGUUAUUAGUUUUAUUUUCUCCCCACGCUCCUAAGUAUAGUAUAAAUGGAACGUUGGAACUGAAGAAAUUAUUUUCCCGACCCCUCCGACGUAGGCAAAAGUGGUAGCGUCCACAAGGCGCGCGCUUCCAAAUCUUUCUCUUUAGAAAAACCUCGCCAACUCACCCAAAUGGAGAAAAGGAUAAAUGAGGAGAACAAGGAGGAGGUGAUGCUGUUGGAGGAAAACAUUCAGCGUCUUCAGGUGGAGGUGGCACAACUGCAGCGCCAGCGUCAAAGGCGCCAGGAGGAACUCGCUUUGCAUUCCAGCCAACCACUACGGGAUGCACUGUUGCUGGUGUGCGGACACGGACCAAAAGAAGAUGCUCACAUGGCUCUGUCCAGUCUGAGGGAGCAGGUGGAGCAGCUGGAGGAAGAUCUGCAGCGUCAGACUAAAAUGAACGGCAUCAGCCUGAGGAGCUGCACUGCACGCAUUCUGCAAAGCGGCAGCACCAAGUCAGUGCAAGAGAUGUGUGUCUGCGGUCAGUGCUCAGAGUUGGACUUCCAGGUGGAGUUUCAGCUCUCAGAGAUCAAGGGAGGUGAGCGGCCCGAGAAGUCCAUCAACAGCCUGAAUGUCGUGACGGCUGCCAGUGACCUGUGCAACUUCAGCCGCUUCCUCACUGGAGUGGAGGAGAGCAGGGAACUCCUGAUGUUCUUCAGGACACUCCGGACUUUCUCAGACAGGAUGAACGAGCGCCGCCACGCCUUCCGGCACUUUCAGGCCAAGUAUGGGCAAGUGGCAUGUGCUGCUGGUGGUUCCAAUCCAUCUGUGCUGACUUUUCAUCAUCCUAAUCUUCCAGGCUGCACAUUUUUGGUGCACUGGUCCGUGGAUGUGUCCAAGGAAGGCGAGGUCACCCCAAAAGUGGACCUGUUGCCAAAGAUCCCAGACAGAGCUUUGCAGCUGUUCCCAUCUCAGGGCGUAGGCAGUGCCGCCGAGGCCUUCCAUAGCCUACUGAGGCUGCUGGGGCCUGAAGCUGCCGUGGAAGAGGUCAUCAGAGCAGCGGGACUCCUCACCAAUGAAAUGCAUGAUGAUGGACACGCCAUCCAUCCGUGACAGCCUCCUGAAUAACCAACACAAAUUGAUGGAAUGGGUUUCUUAUUUGUAAAAGUAGCACUCUAUUAUAUUUUACUUGAUAUACACACACAACAGUAAUGACAAACAUACAGAGUUGAAGUGGUUUGUGCAACAUCAUGAAUCCAUCUUGGCUUCUUCUGGUGUGUGUGACUAGAGACCAGUCAUGCAGACACAAACGAAGAAUUUCACGAAUACUGUAAGUGACUCACCAACUUUAGUGAGAGAGGUCGUUCCUUGGGGAGGAUCAAGAAUAUCGGCACGUGGAGGCAUUUGGAGCAAGAAAGAGCAUUUUGUUUCGCACCUGUAACCGAU